ACUUCCCCGCCACCGUUCUUGCUACAACUACAUAACCACCCCUACCAUUGCUCCUGUUCCCAAAUCUCUUCGAAGCCUUCUCGAUUAUCCUACAGGAAAAAAUGUCUAACCCACAGGAAAAAAUGUACACCCUGCCGGAAAGAACAUUGCCGCUCCAUUCCACCUCAGAACACAAACCCCCCAAACGACACCAAUCAGCCCGUUAUUAUGCCCACCGGGUCCGUGAAAGCCUCACCACUAGAGUCUCCAAAAUAAUAUGUGGCAUAUUCUUAUCUUUUCUUUUACUUUUUGCCAUCAUUGCUUUCAUACUCUGGCUUAGUUUAAGCCCCCACCGUCCCCGGUUUUUCGUCCAGGAGUUUUCAAUCCCGGGCUUGGUUCAGCCCAACGGGUUUGAAAAUGCCGAGAUUACAUUCAACGUCACAGUUAGGAAUUCCAACCAACACAUCGGAAUCUACUAUAUGGAUUCCAUGGUGGGGACUGUUUAUUACCGGGAUCAAUCAAUCGGGUCGAUUACGUUGUCCGGCCCGUUUUAUCAGAGUCCGAAGACCACAAAGGUGGUAGACGGCGUGCUGGGUGGGGCGACGCUGAAUGUGAACAAUGCCCGGUGGACGGAGUUCUUGAAUGAUCGGCAACAGGGGACGAUUGUUUUCCGGUUGGGGAUCACGUCGGCCAUCAAGUUUAGGGUGUCCACCUGGGACAGCAAGAGACACAAGAUCCACGUGGAUUGUGAGGUGUCGGUGGGUCCCGAUGGAUUGUUAUUGGCAAGUUCUAUAAACAAGAGAUGUGGUCUUUACUUCACUUGAUUCAUUAAUUUGUCCUUCGUUGUUCUCAUUGGCUGUGCUCUUUUUUCUUUUUGGGUUUGAUUAUAGCAGUCCGGGAAUUCAAUACAAAUUGUAAACUGAUUGUAAACUAACAGCACAUGAUGAGUGAAACCAUGAGCCCCAACCAGGUCCCCUAAUCAUGUGAUCAUUGACUGUUUGGAAUGCCAGUCCGGACUGGCUAGACAUUUAUUAUUUAGCAUUUUGUGGUUUGGAUUCAUUUGCAUGUAAAAUGGAGAUUAAAUAAAAUUUUUAUUUAAUU